GUGAGAGCAACGAGACCUUUUAGUCGUGUCUUCUUGCAGGGCGAGACCAACUAGAAGGGCAAUGGCCUUCCUCUACUCCUCCCUCAACUCCGCCGCCACCGCCCACCGCGCCACUAAAACCCUAACCCUCGCCGCCCUCUCGCCCACCUCCAUCCUCUUUCACCAUGCUUUCUCCUCCGACGCCCCUCCAUCCUCCUCCACCGCCGCAGAUCCCGCCCCUUCCGACGCCGCGUCUCCUCCUUCCAAGGAACCGCGUUCGCGCCGCCGGGAUAACGCCGGGGGGAAGGAUGAGAAGCUCCAUGAGACCAUCUGUUACAUGAUGUCCAAGCGGCCAUGGACUACUCGCCUCCAGAACUCCAUCCGCAAUCUCGCUCCCACCUUCGACCAGCCCCUCGUCCUCGCCGUCCUCCGCGGUUCCGGGCACCCGGACCGCGCGCUUCGCUUCUUCCGGUGGGUCGAGAAGACCGGAUUCCGCCAUGACCCGGAGACCUACCGCGAGAUCAUCUCCUUUCUCACCAAGAACUCCAUGCUCAACCACGCCCGCUGCAUACUCCUAGACGACAUGCCCCAGCGCCUCGUAUCGCCCACCGAGGACAUGUUUGCCGCCCUCAUCGAUGGCUACGGUCGCGCCAGCAUCCCCCAGGAGGCAGUCAAGAUCUUCCGCCGCCUCCCCGAGCUCGGAAUCACGCGUACGGUUAUCUCCUAUGACGCUUUCUUUAAAGCCAUCCUUCGCACUGGCCGCGUGGCAAUGGCCAAAAGAUUCUUCAAUGGCAUGCUCGCGGAGGGCGUCCCCCCGGCACUCUCCACCUACAAUAUCCUCCUCUGGGGCUUUUGCGUCUCCAUCAAGAUGGAGACGGCCCAGCGCUUCUUUGAUGACAUGAAGCAGCGUGGCAUUGCUCCGACUCUCGUCACGUACAACACGAUCCUCAACGGUUGGGUGCGGGCGAAGAAGAUGGAUGUUGCAGAGAAGGUGUUCGAUGAAAUCACUGCUGCUGGUUUCACACCGAAUUCAAUCUCCUACAACAUUAUGAUCAAAGGUUAUGUCUCAUCUGGUAGGGCGGAGGACGGUCUGCGGUUAUUCUCUAGUAUGGGCGAGAAAGGCCUGAGCCUCAGCGAGAAGACAUUUGCAGCUCUCUUGCCAGGGCUCUGUGAUGAUGUUGGGAGAGGUGCGGAAGCUCGGGAAGCACUGAAUAAGAUGGUUGAGCUACAAAUGACACCAAAGGAUCCGUCGAUAUUCUUGAGGCUUGUGUCUUCCCUUUGCCAAUCAGGUGACUUGGAGGGAGCAGUAGAUGUGCACCAGAAAAUGAGCCGAUUCAAACAUCUCUCUGUGGAUCCACAACAGUAUAGUGUUUUGAUUGAGAGUUUGUGCAAGGGAGAAAAGUAUGAGAGUGCGAUAGCAUUGCUUGAUGAGCUGCUCCAGAAUGGCGCAUUGUUGAAUCCCCAGGAUCCCGCUUUAGAGCCCCCUACAUACAAUCCUAUGAUCGAGUACUUGUGUGAUCAUGGACAGACAAAGAAGGCAGAGGCUUUCUUCAGGCAACUGAUGAAAAAAGGUGUUGAUGACAAGGUUGCCUUCAACAACUUGAUCCGUGGACAUGCAAAGGAGGCUAUGCUAGAAUCGGCAUCUGAUAUUCUUACCAUCAUGACACGUCGUGGAGUUCCAACUGAUGCUGAUUCAUAUGUCUUGCUCGUUGAGAGCUUCUUGAAGAAGAAUGAGCCAGCAGAUGCCAGGACAGCAUUGGAUAGCAUGAUGGAGCAGGGGCACUUGCCCAGUCCAACCUUGUUCCGCUCGGUGAUGUCGGCUCUGUUUGAAGAUGGCCGAGUUCAAACUGCCAGUAGGGUGAUGAAGAGUAUGAUAGAGAAGGGAGUGAAGGAGAAUAUGGACUUGGCCCAUAAGAUUCUCGAAGCUCUUUUCAUGAGGGGUCAUAUUGAAGAAGCCCUUGGUCGAAUCAAUCUCAUGACCAUGAAUGACUGCAUUCCUGAUGUCGAUCGCUUGUUGGCUGUUCUUUGUGAUAGUGAAAAGGCAACUGAAGUCCAAAAGCUGGCAGAAUUCACAUUGGAGAGAGGCUAUGAUGUAAAUUUCUCGAGCUAUGACCGAGUAUUGGACGUGCUUUAUGCUGCUGAUAAGACACUGCCCGCCUACAAUAUACUGUGUAAAAUCAAGGCUAAAGGAGGGGUAGUUGAUAAGAAGGGUUGUGAUGAGUUAAUCAAAAGCCUAAUUGCACAAGGGAACACAAAACAAGCCGAUAUUCUGUCAAGGAUCCUGGCAGGGAAGGCACCUAUCGCAACUAAAAGCAGCAAAAGAGUUGCCAUGGAUGCCUGCUGAAGUACUUUUCAUUCAUCUGAAAGCAUGUUCUCUUUCAAAAAUCUUCUUCACUUUGGCACUGUGAGUUGGCUCUUGCAGGCAACCAAUCUGGUUAUUUACUUAUUUCAAAUAAUGGUCCAAGUGUAGGCAGAUCUUCCAUGCAUGCUUUCUUUGAUACUUGGAUAUUUGUAGAAUCUUGUUUAUCUGCCUGAUGUUUGGAUUUAAGCUUUGGAGAUUCAUUAGGACCCCUGCAUGCGCUGGAAGACAAAGGAGAGAGGGAGGACGCUGAGAGCUCGAUCUUCCAAAGACGAUGGGAUUCAAGGAGAAGCCAAGAACGCGAACGUGGCACUGGACAGCCAGGCGGACCACAAUCCCCAACAGGUUGACGGAGUGCUGGUCAUAUACGGUGAACAGGCCGACAAAUAGGAAGUGACCAUUUCUCCCAAACACAAGGAAAAAUAUGAUAUAUAGUGAACAGGCCGAUAAAUAGAAAUGACGAUUUCUCCCUGAACCCAA